AUCAACUGGAAAGGUGGGGAACAAGCUCGGGAAAUAAGCCCAAUAAAUAAAUGACGAACGAAAGACACACCAGACCACAGGAGUUGUCAAAAUUCAACUUUUCAUUAACUCGGGGUAGGGUAUCAGUCCAAGGAGCCCCCCAGUUCCGCCGCUCAGCCAGUGAUGCGCACGUCCGCGCGGCGCCGCAGUCGCCGGGCCCGGGCCGCCUCGGGCAGGAUGGCCUGCAGCUGCUCCUGCACCAGCAUCUCCACGAUCUGCUCCUUGGUGCGGAUGUCGGGCCGCAGCCACUGGCGGGACAGCUCCCGCAGCUGCCGGAAGGCUUCCCGAGGACCCGCCGCGUCCUGGUAGCGGAACUGCCGGAAGCGCUGGCGAAACGUCUCGGGGCCGGGCCGAGAGACGCCAGGCCGCGGGGCGGCUUCGGCCUGCAGCGCCGCGUCCAAAGCUGCGGCCGAGCCGGGGAGCUCCGGGGCCGCGGAGCUCACGGAGUCGGGCUCGGGGUCGGCACGGUCGCCGGCUCCUUCCUGCUGCUCCGGCGGCGGCGCCGCGGGGCUCCGGGCGGCCAGGCUGGGCUCCGGCGCCGCCAUGACUACGGCUCUCGGCGUCGUCACCCUUUGUCCCGCAGCUACGGGCUGGUUGUGCGUCUGCGUGGAGACCGGGGUGGAAAGUGGGAUGGGCUGAAGAGCAGAGCCAGCGCUGCCCCAGCGGGACGCGGGCUCCGGGGAGGGCGAGGGCGAGCCGAGCUUACCUCCACCUGCGCAGCUCCGCGGCGGCCGGAAAUGGGCGACUACGCGAGCCUCAAGAGCAGCCUGAAGCGCCUGAGCCCGGAAGCCGCGCCCACUACCAGUUACGUGAAGUUUGAUCGGGGAAAGACCUUGUGGUACCAAGAUGUCAGCUCUUCCGAGAGCUCGUACAGCGGCUCGGAGGAGCACCUCGAGCACCACAAGAGGAAGGACGAGAAGGAGGAGGACACGACGGACCUGGAGUCGGAAUCGGAGUCGCAAUCCGAGUCGGAAGUGUAUUCCAAAUGGGAGUGGGAAGAGGAAGGAGAGGAGGAGGACGAUAGGAUAAAGGCGACGACCCUGGGCCGCCGCGGCUUGCAGACUGGGAAGUCAGUACCCCAAAAGGCAGAAAGCUGGAAGGCUAUCAAACACCCAAUUAAGGUGUCAAGACAGCAAAUGAUGUGGACCUGGGAAGAAAUAAAAAAUCUUGGCCUGUACCAGCUCACCAUGGACAUAAUCGUAAUGAUUCGAGUAUGUAAGAUGUUCCGCCAAGGCCUCAGGGGAUUCCGGGAGUAUCAGAUCACCGAGCCUGUUCAAAGGAAGCAACCUAUCUUCUCCUUUUGGGAUAAAAGGAAGCAGUGUCGGAUCACAUUUGAUACCAUGGACUUUGCUGCAGAGGAGGGUCACCUCCCUCCCAGGGCCAUUCAUAUCACACAGAAGCAGCCGUCCUGGAGGACAGAUCAGGAGAUCCAAGCCCUCUGCAAUGUUCUCCAGGUUCUAGAUUGCUACCGCAACUAUGCAGAGGCCCUGCAGCUGCUCCUGGCCAAGGUCAUGCGCUUUGAAAGGUUUGGUCGCCGGCGUGUGAUCGUGAAGAAGGGGCAGAGAGGCAACAGUUUUUACUUCAUCUACCUGGGCACGGUUGCCGUGACCGAGGAUGAAGACGGGAGCAGCGCCUUCCUCGACCCUCACCCAACACUGCUGCGCAAGGGUGGCUGCUUCGGGGAAAUGGGUCUUCUGAGCACUGCAGUCAGGAGAGCCACAGUGGUCUGCAUGGAGGAAACAGAGUUCCUGGUUGUCGACCGGGAGGAUUUCGUUGCAAAUAAGCUGGACGAUGAAGUUCAGAAGGAAACUCGCUAUCGGUACAAUUUUUUUAGGAAGUUGGAUCUGUUCCAGUCUUGGUCUGAUGAGAAACUCAAGCAGAUAGUAGCUUUGGGGAGGCUGGAGAAGUUCUCACAUGGACAGCUGGUGGCAAAAGACUUUGUGGAGUCGUCAUUUGUCACAUUUAUCUGCAAGGGCAGCUGUGAGAUCCUGCGGAUGUUAGACCUGGGGUCCUCCAGUUCCUAUUACAAGUGGGUCUGGCAGCAGCUGGAGCUGUUGGACCACAAACCUCUGGGAGUUCAUCGCAACGUGAUGUCUCCUAUGGAGAGAUUUAAGGAAUUCCAGAUCAAAUCAUAUCCUCUACAAGACUUCAGCUAUUUGAAACUUCUGCGUCUCCAGGAAGCCAGAGAGCAAAAGGGAAAAGGUGUUUACGGGAAGAUCAACACAAGAGAAAAUAGUCUCCCAAAGCUGCUGGGCCCGAAGGUCAAAUCCAAGUUUGGUCAUCCAGUCAAAUGUGCCAUGGUCAAAACCAAGUUUGGUGAACUCCCCAAGGAGGCCGCAGUGGGGAUCUACAUGAAGGUCCACACUCUGAAGGAAGGAGAUAUUGUGGGCAUUCACCAGGCCUUUCUUCCGGAAUGCCUGCGUGAUCUUCGACCCUUCAUCCUUCUGAGCAUGGGAACAGAGUUGAUACGGGUGAGAAAAGAAAAGUUUUAUGAGUUGAUUGAUGCGGAGACGAAAGAAAAGAUGAUAAAGAUGGACGUGGAUUAUCCCAGCGAUGAAGAGCUGUGUCAGAGGUUCCUGAAAGAAAACAGCUGGAAUAUCUUCCGGAAGGAUCUGCUGCGGCUGCUGGUGAAGCCCCUCAAUAAGCAGCCCUUCACCCCGCUCCAUACCAAGAGGAAAGAGAUCUACAACCCUAAGUCUUUGACCCUGGAUUUGUGUAACCUCAACAAGAGGGUGAAACCACGCUAUCCCGUUUUUGUGGCACCCCAGAAAUACCUAUCCCCCUUGAAGAUUGUCCAAGCUGUUUCAGCACCCCGGCACAAAAUUCAAGAACUCCUGCCUCAAUAUAAAAAUGCAGGGGUCCUUCUUUAGAAUCAAUAAAGUACGUUGGGAUUGGC